UUCAACAAUCUUCCUCAGAAGAUGUCGGAGUCGGCAUACGAGAACGUCGUUAAAGGGAAGCUGAAGCUGAAGGGGAAGGCCCUUGAUGUUAAGGGCGAAGGCAUUUUCAAGAAGAAAAAGAAGCACAAGAUCACAGGUGGGAAAAGGAUGGUUUCGUCAACAGAUUAUAUUGAUAGUGAUGUAAUUGAAACUGAUAAUAACUCUGUUGAUGGGAAAGAACAGGUGGUAUUUUGGAUGACCGUCUCACACCAUCAGAGAGGCGUUAUCUGCAACACUGGGAGAAAAUUGAGAGCCAGAGGUUGGCUAAACUGGCCACGAAAUCGCACCGUGAUCGGAUUCAAGACUUCAAUCAAUAUCUCGCUAAUUUAACUGAGCAUUAUGACAUUCCUAAAGUUGGCCCCGGCUAAAUUUUUCUUCUUCUUUUGCCCGAUAUACAUCUCUGUUGCUGUGAUGGUUAUUGUUACCAUUUGUAUUCAGGGUGAUUUGGAUUCUGUUGCUGAAUUAGAAAAAGUGAAGCUUUGUUCAGUUCAACAGCAACCCUUUGCAUUCUUCUAUUGUUAUGCAUGAGUUCAGGUUUUGGAUGUUGCUUCUAUAGCUGUAAAAUUAUCUGUUUUGAUUGACGAAGCUGGAUAAUUUAAGGGCCCAGGCAACUAGAAGCAUAUUUUUGCAA